CGAAGUCUUCAUCGAAUAUUCGACAAGUCGCGAAAAUCUGAUGAGGUUUGCGCACUAGAGGGCUCCAGCAUCGAACCCUGGUGACCCCAGCUAAAGUUAAUUUCGUUAUUGGGGAAGUUUUGUGUUAAAGUUAUGCCGAAGAGAGGGGAAGAUGGGACACCCUCGCCCUCGGAAGGGGGGGAGGGUAGGUUAAGGCUGGAGCUGCGAAAAUUGACGAAUUCGGCCGGUUGGAUUUCGGCGACCCGAGAAUCAAGCACCCCAAGUAGUCGAGCGUCGACCCCACAUUCCAAUUCAUCGAACACACAAUCAUCAAUUCACCCUCGCAAGCGGGGAAGACCACCUGGGUCACUGAAUAAAAAGAAACCGAAUAAAAAUGAUAAAUCUUCCACACGCAAGAAGCGUACGAAGAAAGACAAACCAAAGAAAUUUAAGAUGGUUUUGGAGAAGGACGACGAUUAUGAGGUGGAUUACUUGUCAUCCGAGGAAUCAGAUGUUGAUUCCUUAUCAUCAGCCACACCACGGAAACCUCCAUCUAUUGGAUCAUUAAGUGGCGACGAUGGGUAUUUAGAUAAAGAGGAUUUAUCAUCAGUUGAAGGUUGUUUAUCACCAUGGAGGUUAACAGAGGAAGAAGUUGAUUUACCAAUGGAAGAUGUUCCAAAGUUGGAUCUUCCGCCUUCAUCUAUUGAUUUAUUGAUUCCUAACAACUUGCUGAUGUCAGCAUUGGCUGUUUAUGAAAUACUGAAACAUUUCCGCAACCCACUUCGAUUAUCACCCAUGUUAUUCGAAGACUUCUGUGCCGCGCUUGUUUGUCGGGAAACAACCGUUCUAUUGAAUGAGUGCCACAUUACUUUAAUCAAAGCCUUAUUGAAAGAGGACGAAGCAUCCGGCACAGUAUUUGUUCCCAGUGAUCAGAAAGACGCACACAACGCUGCUUUAUAUUUCAUUGAUUACCUCACCUGGCCGGAGGUGGUACGGGCUUAUGUGGAGAGCUAUGGGGAAUUCCCUGAUGUGAUAAAAGUUUUGGUGGAACCUGAGUAUCCACGUGUGGAUGCAGAUAAGAAACUUAAGGUUCUACAGUUGUUGACUGACUUGUAUAUGGGUUCAACAAAGAUUCGAGAUGAGUUGAUGAUGAACGGGGCGAUACAAUACGACGACCAUUGUAGGGUGUGCCAUCAACUCGGUGAUCUGCUAUGCUGUGAGACGUGCCCUGCUGUUUAUCAUCUCGCUUGUUGUAACCCACCUUUGCAAGAGGUACCCGAUGAUGAAUGGCAGUGCGAGGUUUGCGUUGCGCACAAAUUGAAUGGUGUGGUGAACUGUGAGCAGGACAUGGAGGUGAACGGGCAAUAUUUACGACAUGAACCAGUGGGGGUUGAUAGGAAUGGACGGAAGUAUUGGUUUCUUGCGAGGAGACUUAUUGUUGAGGGAGAGUAUGAGGUGAUUUACUACUCGACUAAGGAGCAAUUCGAUUAUUUGCGUUCGAAACUUGAUGGAGAGAAACAUGAAGCAAUAUUGUGCGAG